UUUGCCUUCAACCAUACAUCCGAGGUCCAUAGCUCACUUGCUAAACAUUCCAACAUUUCCUUUAACUAUAAAAUUAAUUGGGCAGGUUCAUGGAUGAAGGGGGCACACACGGAUCUACUGAAAGGGAGGUCACGUUAUGUAUGUGAAAAGAACAGAAGACGAAGACUUGAUUGAAUGGAAUGUUGUUUCGAUGAAUCGUUACACAAAAAAGUGAAUAGUAAUAUGUAAAUUAGUUAAAAUAAUAAAAAAGUGACAAAUUCAAUUCACGGAAAAAAUGGAUGAACACACAUUAAAUGAUUUAUUGGAAUGUUCGGUGUGUUUGGACCGUUUGAAUACCUCCUCCAAAGUACUGCCGUGUCAACAUACUUUUUGUCGAAAAUGCCUUGAGGUUAUCUAUGAGAGCCGCCAAGAAUUGAGGUGUCCGGAAUGUCGUAUACUAGUGGACACAAAAAUAGAGGAUUUGCCACCGAAUGUAUUGUUAAUGAGAAUUUUAGAAGGAAUGAAAAAUGCAGCUACAAAACAGCAAACAACGACACAAGCACAACAAAGUGAAUCAAGUGGAAAGAAUGAAACACAAAAACAAACAUUGAACCCUACAAAUCCUAGCACCAUUAAUAAUGAGAAUGCACAACAUCGGCAACAGCAUCUUAGACAAAAUACCGCCAACGUUUCACCACAUAUCCAGCAACAGCAAUAUUCUCAACAAAUGCCAACUGUUGCACUAACGCCACCACAGCAGCAGCAGCAACAACAGCGGCAUCCAGUUAACCAACAAAGACGUUGCAUUGUUCCUCAUGCUUAUGCUCUUUAUGACUUCGAUUCAAAUGAGCCCACCGAUUUAAAAUUCAAAAAAGGUGACCUUAUACUGUUGAGACGCAAAAUAGACAGCAAUUGGUAUGUGGGCCAAUUGAAAGGAAUUGAGGGAAAUUUUCCAAUAAAUUAUGUACAGGUUGUUGUUCCAGUUCCCUCAUCUCAAUGUGUUGCGUUAUAUGAUUUCAAAAUGGGCCCCAACGAAGAGGAAGGUUGUUUGACCUUCAAGAAAGGUACAGUAAUUCAAGUUUUGCGACGCGUUGAUCAAAACUGGGCUGAGGGUAGAAUAGGUGCUUCAAUAGGCAUAUUUCCCAUAGCUUUUGUUGAAUUAAAUCACAUGGCAAAACAGCUGUUGGAGAACUUUGCCUCUGUCCAGCAGCAUUCCACACAGAAUAUUAACCAACAAAUGAGCGAAGUUCGCGAUUUACCCCCUAUACCAGUGGCAGACCCUUCGGUUUUGGCUCCCAACGAAUCCGCCAUGGCCGCUUCAUCAAUUACUGGUUCAUCAUCCACCACAACUGCUCAACUUUCGUGUUCAUCAUCAUCAAAUUCUUCUGCCACUACAAGCCCAACGUCCACCACUGCGAAUCCUUCGACAUCAUGUUCUACUACUACUUCAUCCUCCAACACUAUUUUCCACUCAAUGCCGAAUAGCCCACAAUCAUCAAUGCCUACAACUCCACAACAUUCCGCUCAAAUAUCCAAUGCCUCAAAUUCCGUUCGAAUGCGUAACGAUUUGAAGCAUAAAAGACAUUCACUUAAUGCUUUAUUGAAUAAUGGCAGUGCCUUGAGCAUUAUGCAAAGCUCAAACAGACAUUCGGCGGAAAUUCUAAGUGUUCCCAAUGACUUUGAACCAGAUUUGUUGGCAAGUUCAACUUCCACAGCUACAGGUCAAACCACUGCUGCCCGGGAGCAGCAACAUCAUUUAUCAUCAACCAACAUUAGUCAGAAGCCUCAAGGUUUACCAAAUCAAACGCAGCAGGCUUCAAACGCAACACAGAGCUCUAUUGUAACAUCGUCUACAACGCCGCGUCAUAAUGUUUUGUGUGUGCAACAGAAUGUACCACCUUCACUGCCCUGGGGCUAUUUGGCAUUGUACCCUUACAAGCCUCGCAAGAAUGACGAAUUAGAAUUAAAGAAAGGUUGUGUUUAUAUGGUAACCGAGCGCUGUCUGGAUGGAUGGUUUAAAGGCAAAAACUGGAAGGAUAUCAGUGGUGUUUUUCCUGGCAACUAUGUGACCCCCUUAAGAGCUAGGGACCAACAGCAAUUAAUGCAUAGUUGGAAAUUAAUACCACCCUCAAAUUGCGCCACUAUAACCACAACUUCCCAGAUGGGUAAUCAAGCAGUUAGUGGUCAACAAGCUGCACAACAGCUAUCAAACUAUUCACCCUCAAUGCGCAAUGAUUUGGAAAAUAUAAAUGCACGUUUGACUUUGGCUAAUUUAACGCCCCAUCAGGCAAUGCCACCUGAUUUGCCACCAAGACAAUUAGCCAUAAGUCCGCCUAAUGUUAGUGCAAUGCAACCACAAAGUGUACAACAACAAGUGAGUGUGACAUCAAAGGAAACUCGCGACAAGGAGGCGCUAAAAGAGAAACCUACAAGCACAGGUUGCAUACCAACAUCCUCCUCCUCAUCAUCGUCAUCGUCCUCAACUGCAACAUCAUCAGCCUCGGCUGGUUUGAAGAAGUUCUUAACGCAUAUAAAAUCAAGAUCUAAGUCACCAGGCGCUGCAAUUGUGGCUGCGUCAGCAUUGGCUACGGCACAGUUGCAAUUUAAUGAUGCAACAGGCAGUAGCAAACAGACGCAAGUUUCUGGCUUAAGUGGAGGUACACUUACGCCAGUGCAUGUUAGGUCCGGAUCCUGUCCCAGCCAGAUAUUGCAAAGUAUUCCCAAUGAUCGUUCACGUACUCAUAAUGAAAAUAAGGAUGAAUCGCCUAUAGCUAUGCACCAGCAACAGCAUUCGCCUCAAACGGGUGGAGCUGGUUAUGGCUCUCAACGCAUUAAGGCUACAAAAGAAAGGGCCUCAUUGGAGAAUUCAAGGCCCACUAUCGACUCGACUUUACGCAGCCUCUAUGCAAAUCACAUACAACAACAGUCCAAUCUAAUGCCUAAAAAAUGUGCCCAGCAACAUCAGCAAACAAUGCCACAAUCUUCGAAUAUCAAUUUCAACAGUCCCCCCACAACCACGGUAAUACACCGUAAAUCGCAUUCGUUGGAUGCUUCGAAUAUAUUACAAUCAUCGCCGGGACCCACAAGUAGUGCCCUAGCUGGUGUGGCUUUGAGUGGAAAUGUCAUUAAGUCCUCCAUUCCUCAGUGUAAUAUAAAUGCCGCUGCUAUACAUGCUAGUGCUACUACUAAUAACAGUCCACAAAAUGCUAUGACAGAAAGCCGUUUUCGCUGUGUUGUUCCUUAUCCCCCAAACAGCGAUGUGGAAUUGGAACUUCAAGUUGGUGAUAUUAUAUAUGUCUAUCGUAAACAAAAAAAUGGUUGGUAUAAAGGUACCAAUUCUCGAACUUAUAAGACUGGUUUAUUUCCUGCUUCAUUUGUUGAACCCGAUUUAUAAAAAAAUAAAAGACUUUAAUUAUAAGUUUAUGUUCAACAUAUUGCAAAUGACACAAUCAUAUAACAUUGUUAAAAUUAAAAUUUAUAUUUACACUUGUUUUUCUUAUAAACAAAAAAAAAACAAAAAUAACAUAUCGCGCAGCACAAAACAACAUGCAAACACUCACAGUCUUAUGUUAUUUUAAGCUCACAUUCAAGUAUUUUCAUAUGCUCUUCUCAAACUGCCAUGUUUAGUUAAGUGUUUUUUGAUUUAAAUAAUAUUUUUUGAAACGCUGGUCGCUUUGAAAUCUUCUUUCGCAAAUCUUCCUUACUGUUUUAGUAUGAUUUAAGCAAGGUAUCAUAAUAAUUGUUAAUAACUUCACUAAUGAAAUCGAAUUCAAUUUUUUUUUAUUAAAUAUUAGGUAUGAACGUUAGUUAUUGUAAAAAAUCGUCGAUAUUAGUUAAGAGCUUAUUACAUAUAUUUUUAUGUAGUUUUUAUUUGUAAUUGUUCGUUAAUCGAAAUGCUUCCUUAAUUGUAUACUUAAUAUUUUCAAUAAUUUUUUUCUUAGUUUAAAACUUUCUGUUAUAAACAUAUGUAUGUUAUAUUUACAUAUGCGACCUCCCCCCCAUAUUGAUGCUUUAUACGCUAUGCUAUAUAUAUAUUGGUUUUUGUGUAAAGUAUUCUACACCCCGUACACAGAUCCACAGUAUGUUGUCUCAUUUUUUUCUAUGAAACCCAAAAAAACAAAACAUUUUUAUACUUAACAAGGGAAAAUUAUUUACUAACUUGAAUUUAAAUGCCGACCAUCACUAAAACAUUUAAAUUUGUUUUAAAAUAAAAAUUUGAAAACCUUAUUAACAAGAAACAAAAAGAAUAUUGACUUUAUUUUGUCUUACAUUCACUUGCCUCCUAUAAGCUGUUCUUGAUAUGAUGCCAGACGACUGCCUAAUCUCAAAUUGUUUCUAGAGCGAAGGGCAAAGUGUAGUAAUGAAACUUACUUCACUUCAGUUGAGCAAAGACAAUUACAUCAGUUUUGCCCUCUGUAUAAUACAGAUAAUGAACGGCCAGCCUCAUUUACACCCUCGCUAUGAACUCGGCCAUCGAGACGCAUGGAAGCAGGGUUACUUAUAACAAAAUAAAAAUCAAAUAGAGACACAAUGUUAUGAAAUCAGCACCAUGUUAAUAUUUUGGAAUUUCAAAAAUCCAAAAGCAUUCCGCGAUUCGAAAUUCGAAGUAAAUCUUAAACACAGAAUUUUUU